AUGGAUUCGCUUCUUGAGGCCUCUAUGGCCAAUCUAUCUAUUGAUGAGCGGCUACAGUUGCUCGCAGCUUUGAUGGACGACUCUAGUGAGGAAUCCUCUGUAAGUGGUGAUGAAUUGGAGCCUGAAAAUGAGGAAGGCACUGGCCCCGAAAUCAUAUCUCAUCAAGCCGCCAAUGCUUUGAUGGAUGCCGCAAGGCCGUUUGUACAGAACCAGCCAAUCGUCAACGCCGCCAUUCGUGGAGACAUAUCUCUUUUGAGAAAUCUACUUCAACAGCCUGGGGCUUCUGUCGACGUCAAAGAUGGUAUCGGAGAGACAGCAUUGUUUGCUGUUGUCUCUCAUGACCAGACCGAUGCGGCUGCCUUGUUACUUGGGUUCAAAGCAGAUCCAAACACCCACUGCACCAACUCAUGGACGCCCCUUCAUCUUGUGGCCCGUAGCGGGAACACAGCCUUGGCAAGUCUCUUGCUUGAAUGGCAAGCCAAUGCAGCAGCCAAAGAUAGCUGCGGUUGGGCUCCGCUUCAUGUGUCCAGCCUCUACGGAACCAUAGCUAUUGCUGAACUUCUAUUGGAAGCAAAUACGGGUCCGGACUUACGAGCGUCUGAUCAACGAACUCCACUUCACACAGCGGUAGAUUACGGACAAACUGAGGUAAUCCGAUCGCUGAAAGAACACAAUGCAGACCUUAACGCCAAGGACAAAGAAGGUCGAACACCGCUCCACAUGGCGGCAAUGGAGAGACCAUUUCCUCCUCCUGUGUCCCUGUUGCUAGAACUGGGAGCGGCGGCGAAUUUAACCGACGACACAGGGUACACAGCCCUCCAUAUGGCCGUAGCCGCAGGUCAUGAUCCAGUCUUGGCUGUUGAGCCAUUGCUUCAACGUGGUGCCAACCCUGAUACUGUGACUUCUGACGGCUGCACCCCACUACUGCUAGCUAUUCAAUACACCAAAAAGCCAGGAACUCAUCGAUUGGCGAUUCUACAGAUCUUGGCCCAGCUGGAUGCUAUAGACUUGAACCGCGUAUCUCUCAGGUCUGGGAAGAACACCUCCCCUUUACUCUAUGCUGUUGAGGUAAAGAGUCUGAGAGCAAUCGAGGUUCUGACGGCUCAUGGUGCAGACGCCAAUCGUGCAGUAGAUCAGGAUGGAAAACCUGUUACACCCGUUCUCCAAGCCGCUACUUUCCACGACCCGGAAGAGCCCGAGUUACUUCGAGCUCUUUUGGACGCUGGCGUGAAAGCCACAGAGCAGAUACAAUGCGGUAUCACAUUGGGACACAUAGCCGCACUUAAUGGUAAUAUCGAGUGUCUCAGACUGUUGAUUGAACGCAAUAUUGACGUAAACGCUGCUGACGAGCGAGGAGGAACGCUGUUGCAUCUUGCCGCCCGGAACCGUCAUCCAGAUUGCAUUGCGCUACUUUUGCAGCAUGGGGUAGAUAUCGAUCCCAAGGCUGCUGAUAGGAGCACUCCGCUACAUGAUGCAGCAAGAAAUGGCGAUGAGGAGAGCAUCCAACUUCUGUUGAAUGCAGGUGCUGAUAUGAGUGUCACAUCGUUGGAGCCGGGGCUACCAACCCCGCUAGAUGUUUUGCGAGAGAGAUAUCUAGCGACCGAGGAUGAAGAGGCGCGUGAAAGGCUUGCUCUGAUUGUGUUUGAAAUGAUGGAAAGAAUGGCAGAAAGAGAUCCAUUGACCCGGGAGCUUAGACCAGGCAGACAAGAAGGCUGGCUAUUGAGAGAACUCAGUCAGAUGCCGCCAGAGAGGAGCAGCCAGAGGCCAAACGGGCCGACAGUAUCAGAUAUUAGAAGAAGGUACCAAGUUAGUUAA